AUAUAAAAGUGACAGUUGCAACCCAAUAUUUCUGAAGUCAUCAUCAUGUGGACCAUACUCAUUCUUGCGAGUAUUGCAGCAGUGUCUGCUGAACCCCGAAGCUUUUAUGGGGAGAAAGUAUUCCGGGCGUUUCCACAAACAUAUGAACAAGCACAGCUUAUUAAAUCUCUGGGAGAACAUGCAAAGCUUGACUUUUGGGUUCCCGACUCUGUGGAUCUCGUAGAACCAGGCAGACGUGUUGACUUCCGUGCUGAGAGUCAUGUGUCCUAUGAUGUUCAGGCCAUGCUUGAGCAGAGUGGAAUUUCCUUUGAAAUUAUGAUCGAUGACCUGCAGGUUGCACUGGAAAAUCAGCGUGAUAGCAGCAUUCGUGCAGUACACAGCUAUGAAAAGUACAACGAUCUUGAUACUAUCAAUGCCUGGUCCGCUAACAUCGCAGCUCAGAAUCCAACUUUGGUGUCACGCUCUCAGAUUGGAACCUCAUACCAGGGACGUCCUCUGUAUUUGCUUAAGGUUGGAAAAAGUGCAGCAAACAAGAAGGCUAUCUUCAUUGACUGUGGAUUCCACGCUAGAGAAUGGAUCAGCCCUGCUUUCUGCCAGUGGUUUGUGAAGGAAGCAGUUAACAACUAUGGCAGCGAUGCUCAGUUUACCAACCUCUUGAACAACCUGGACAUUUAUGUUCUUCCUGUUUUUAAUGUUGAUGGUUAUGCGUAUUCUUGGACUUCAAACCGCAUGUGGAGAAAGACUCGCUCUGCUAACCCAGGUUCUACCUGCCUGGGAACCGAUCCAAACAGAAAUUUCAAUGCUGGAUGGUGCACUGUUGGAGCUUCGUCAAGAGCUUGCGAUGAGACAUAUUGCGGGUCUAGUCCUGAAUCUGAAAGUGAAUCUAAAGCUUUGGCUAACUUUAUACGUGCCAACAUUGGCUCCAUCAAGGGUUACCUGACUAUCCACUCUUAUUCCCAGAUGCUGCUCUUCCCUUACUCUUACAGCUAUGCUGUUGCUAAAGAUCACACUGAACUGAAUAAUGUUGCCAAGGGUGCCGUUUCUGCUUUGACUGCCCUCUAUGGAACUAAAUACACUUAUGGUCCUGGUGGAACUACAAUCUACCUUGCUGCAGGAGGCUCCGAUGACUGGGCUUAUGAUGCUGGUGUGAAAUACUCCUACACAUUUGAGCUGCGUGACACUGGAAGAUAUGGAUUUGCUCUCCCUGAAAAUCAGAUCAAACCUACUUGCGAGGAAACUUUGCUUGCCGUCAAAUACAUUGCCAACCACAUCCUGAAUAACGCAUAAAAUAAAUAACUUACCAGUGGGGCCAAAUGCCAUACAUCCAAUGAGAAUUGUAAAGUUUCAUUUUUAUUUAAUUUGAUUUCAAUCAUUUUUGGCUAGGCUAAGUAUUAAUUAGCAGUUCAAUAACAUGGAUGUAAAAUCUAUUGAUAAGGAAAGAAAGGGACAAUAAAGGAUGUUUAAUGAAAA